AUGGAGGAGGCAAUGGACGGAUCAAGAGUAGGUAACUCUUCCAUGCAAUACCGAACGGGGGGCAAAAGGAAGGAAGCCGGUCUCGACGUUUCACCCAAACCGCGCCAGAAACAAGCAGCUCUUUCAAUGGAAAGCUCGGCUGUGGUUGUAAUCCCAGGCAGAAGUAACCAUUAUCAGGUUCAUCUUCCCCGGCGGUUUCACCACAUGACCCUGGACUCGGACAAGGUCCUGGAGCUGAAGCCGGGCGGUAGCUUGUUAGACUUGCGCAAGCCAUCGAUCUAUCUGCUGAUGAUUUGCGGACCGUUUCACGCAUUCGCGACCGGCAGACCUUUUGAUUUGCACAAUGCGAAUCCGUUCACCGGUGCAAUGGUUAUCAUGACUAAGAAGAGUCAAGUUGGAGAAAUACUAUCAGCGAGGGACUACCGUAUAACGGACGGGAAACUGAAGAGGUCGGAUUUCUAG